AUGGAAGCAAAAUUGACGGUCACUGAUGCUGAAGCGCUAGGAGUGGGCGAAAGGAGAAAAAUUCCAACGGAUAAAGGUAAACAACACGAGUUACAAAGGUUAAAGGAUCAUAGAACUGUGGCGUUACGUCACGUAACUAGACAGAUAAACAAAAUGAAACCGCUACUUGCUGAUCUUAACAAUUAUGAAUUUGUGUCAGUUGAAAUGGAAGGUCUUAAUAAUUUGCUUGUGAAACUGCAAGAUGCUCAGGAUAAUUAUGUUGACGUGUUAGAAGAUGAAACUGUUAUUGUUAAUGCCAAUUCAUGGUACGAUGCUCACGAUGGAGAUGUCUUUAAAUGUAAACAGUCUGUCAUUGAAUAUUUGUCCAAGGCGAAAAGGUAUCAGUCAAAUGAAGUAAACUCUGUUAUCUCUAGUGAGUCUCAUCGCACAAGAAAGUCAAAUCACUCAAACGGUCCACCUCAUCUUCAAUUUCAUCUAAAGCUAAGUUGAUAGAAGCAAAAACUAAGGUCUCAGCAUUGGAAAUUGAAGCAUCAUUUCUGAAGGAAAGCAAGCACUUAAAAUUGCAGCUGACCAUUUAGAGCUAAAACAGAGUUUAGCUCAAGCAAGGGAAGAAGAAAGGAUUUACGAAGAAAUGAAGAAUGAAGAGUCAACCUUUGCACCUGUUCAUACACAAAGUCCUCCGAUUUGUACAAUACAAUCAGGUAGCUCUGCUGGUUUGGAACCAACUUCGCAGCAACAACUUGUAAGUUCUGUAGGCUUUCCAGAUUAUCAACAGCCUUUACAAGCUAGUCCUCUUAGUGCAUUUACGGUACCUCAGAAAGGACCCAUUUACACAACACCGAUAAAUAUUGGUGCAUCAUGGCGUAAGGAAGAGACUACGGCCUAUGCAGCAAAACCCCAUGAACACCCCUCGAGUGAACAUUCUUCAUCAUGCCCAUCUUUAGCAACAACUCCUGCUGUUACGUAUGCUGCUCCUGAU